AUCAAUAAAAUCUCUGCUUUUGUGAAGAAAACUCACACCUUUAUCCACUAACAAAAUCUUUGGUGCUGUGCUCUUCUUCUUCAGCUUCAGCUUCUGCUGCAAGGUAACAAGUCUGUUUGCCCUUGCAGUGUAUCUAUGGCAGGGUUUCAAGCUGAAUAUAUUGAUGACUAUGAUAUUUUGAAGAUAUUUGCUGCUGAAGGUGUUGAGUUCCUUGUAUCAAGUGAAGGGAAGGUACCCUUGUCGGAAUGCGAUGGGAAAAUCAUUUGCCUAUUUUUCUCUGCAAAUUGGUGCAGACCUUGCAGAGCAUUCAUUCCCCAUCUGAUUGAACUCUAUGGUACACUGAGAAAGAGAGGCCUAAAUUUGGAGAUUAUCUUCAUCUCUUUAGAUCAUGAUGAGGAUGGUUUUAAGGAACACUUGAAGAGUAUGCCAUGGCUAGCUGUCCCUUUUGAUGCAAAGUUGCAUAGAAGAUUCAUCAACAAAUACCAAGUUGAUCGAAUCCCAUCAUUCCGUCCAUUAUAUCCUGAUGGAACGAUAGUUGAAGACGAUUUAAUUGUGACCAUUGAGGAUUAUGGUGCUGAUUCUUUUCCCUUCACAAGGAAGAGAUAUGAGGAAUUGAAAGCCAAGGAUAGAAAGAAACGCGAAGAAGCAAAUUUGGAGGAAUUAUUGGCAGACGAGGGACGCGACUUUCUUAUCACUGGAGAUGAUAGAAAGGUACCAAUAUCUCAACUUGUUGGUAAAACUAUAGGCCUCUACUUUUGUGCCUAUUGGUCUCCUCCAUGUCGCGCAUUCACCAUCCAACUCAUGGAUUUAUACAACAAUCUCAAGGCUGCAAAAGGUGACUGCUGCGAGGUUGUUUUAAUCUCGACGGAUAGAGACCUGAAGGAGUUCAAUGUCAACAGAAGUAAUAUGCCAUGGCUCGCCAUCCCAUACGAGGACAAAACUAGGCAUGACCUUUGUAGGAUCUUUGACAUAAAAGGAAUUCCGGCUUUGGUCUUCGUCGGACCAGAUGGCAAAGUGACUAGUACCAAUGGGAAGUUUAUUGUCUCCUCAUAUGGUGCAGAAGCGUUCCCCUUCACCGAAUCACGGAUAAGGGAUCUAGAAGCAGCUCUUAGAAAGGAAGGAGAGGCUUUGCCGCAACAGUUCGAGGAUGUCAAGCAUGAACAUGUGCUGAAGUUGGAUAUGGCCAAAGCAUAUGUAUGUGAUUCCUGUAAAGAGAAAGGGAAAUUCUGGGCAUUCUCUUGUGAUGUUUGUGACUAUGAUCUACACCCAAGUUGUGUAGAAAAGGUCAACAAAGACUAAAAUUGGUGGAGAAUGCAAUCGAAGUAAGUUUGCAAACACAUAUAUAGAUUGGUUACUUUUGUAGUGAAGGAGUUUCAGAAGUUGUUAAAACCUGUCAUCAAAAUUAAGGUAAAUGAGGUGAAUUCUCUUGUAAGGGGAAAAUUAAUAGAAUUAUUCUCUUUUAGAAAGUUUAAGUGCACAGUGUUUGUUAUAAGAAAUGUGUGGUUUAAUUUAAAACCAUUAUCUUGAAUGUGGGUGCCUCUGAAUAGUAGUAAUUUGAUAAAAACCUUAACCUUAUACUGUUAUACAUAUGAAGAAGAAAAUUUUGGAUAUUUUGAAGGGAACAUACAUUUGUGUGGGUAAAUAAUUAUUGUU